GCCCAAUAACGUAAUAGCAUUAGCAUGUCCAAAAUUCUUUGAAUUUUUGACAAAAUCAUUAAAAUGAAAAUUUGACUAAUUUUUAAUAAUAAUUUUCAAUUCGUCUGAGUUACAAGUGCAGGACGACUGAAAGGUCCGGAGCUGGAGGAUGCCCAACCGCCAAAUAUUGUAGGACAACCGCCGUCGACCAGCGUCGCCGUCUUAUCCCUCCACCAGCACGCUGCCAUGGGGAAACAGAAACAACAAGUUAUUUCCCGCUUCUUUGCACCGAAACCCAAAAACUCCACUACCACGGCCGGCCCCUCACAACCACAAAACCCGCCCACACCUCCGCCGAAAAUCGCCAGCACCGUCUCCUUUUCACCCGCCAAACGCCUCAGAACCACCGAGCUGAACUCCCGCCAUAACAAGCUCCCGAAACUUACUCACCCCACGCCCACUGAUAACUCCGUUUUACCCCUACCCAACCCCGCCCUCCACCAGAAAUUUCUGGACAAACUUCUUGAACCUCCACACGAGCUUCUAGAGCCUUCGAGAAACAAGAACUCCACCCAAAUCCGAAACCCUAAGUACACACCUUUAGAGCAACAAGUAGUUGAACUCAAAGAGAGGUACCCUGACGUGCUUUUAAUGAUUGAGGUUGGUUAUAAAUACAGAUUUUUUGGAGAGGAUGCUGAAAAUGCUGCUAGAGUAUUGGGUAUAUAUGCGCACAUGGAUCAUAAUUUUUUGACUGCUAGUGUGCCAACUUUUAGGCUGCAUGUUCAUGUGAGGAGACUUGUUAGUGCAGGCUAUAAAGUUGGCGUCGUCAAACAAACUGAGACCGCGGCAAUUAAGGCCCAUGGGACGAAUAGGUUGGGCCCAUUUUGCCGCGGGUUAUCGGCAUUGUACACUAAGGCCACUUUGGAGGCUGCGGAGGAUUUGGGGGGUGGGGAGGAAAGGUGUGGGUCGUGUAGCAAUUAUUUGUUCUGUGUUGUGGAGAAGAUGGUGGGGAAUAUGGAGAGUGGAUUGGAUGUGAAGAUUGGGGCUGUGGCGGUCGAGAUUUCAACAGGUGAUGUUGUUUAUGGGGAGUUUGAUGAUAACUUUAUGAGGGCUGGGUUGGAGGCUAUGCUUUUGAACUUGGCUCCUGCUGACUUACUUCUUGGAAGACCGCUGUCUAAGCAGACGGAGAAGUUGCUACUGGCAUUCGCUGGACCCGUGUCAAAUGUUCGAGUGGAGUAUGCUUCACAAGAUCGCUUUCAUGAUGGUGGUGCCCUUGCUGAAGUGAUAUCAUUGUAUGAGGAAUUAAAUGAAAAUAACUUACCUAAUGGUCAGCAGGAGAAGGUUAUAGCAUCUAUCCAAGGCAAUAAUUCCUUGGCAUUUAAGGGACUUAUGGACAUGCCUGAAUUAGCUAUUCAAGCAUUAGCUGUAACUGUUCGUCAUUUGAAACAAUUUGGUUUUGAAAGAAUCUUAUGCUUGGACGCUUCAUUCCGGCCAUUCUCUAGCAUCAUGGAGAUGACCCUCUCAGCUAAUGCACUGCAACAACUAGAGGUGCUCAAGAAUAACUCUGAUGGUUCUGAGAAUGGAUCCUUGUUGCAAUGCAUGAAUCAUACUCUGACCGUAUUUGGUUCAAGGCUUUUGAGACAUUGGGUUACCCAUCCUUUAUGUGAUAGAAGUAUGAUAUAUGCACGUUCAGAUGCUGUUUCGGAAAUACUGGAGUCGAUGGGUUCUUCUAAAGCCUCUGAGGUUGAUUUUAAUGAGGAAAAUUCUGACAUCACUGUUGCACAACCAGAGAUUCAUCAUUUGAUAUCAUCUGUCUUGAUCUCAUUGGGAAGGGCACCUGAUGUUCAGCGUGGGAUUACAAGGAUUUUCCAUCGAACUGCCACAGCAUCCGAGUUUAUUGCGGUUGUCCAAGCUAUCUUACUUGCUGGAAGACAACUGUGUCAACUUCACAUUGAAGAAGAUGAAAACAGAAGUCCACAAGUGAGAACUGUGCGCUCUGCUUUGCUGAGAAAGUUGAUAUUGACUGCCUCAUCUUCUAGUGUUAUUAGCACUGCAGCAAGACUUUUGUCUAUGCUGAACAAAGAAGCUGCAGAUCAACGGGAUCUUCACAAUCUUUUUAUCAUUUCUGAUGGAAAUUUCCCAGAGGUUGCUUCAGCAAGAACCAAAGUUCACUUGGCAAAUGAAAGGUUAUACCAAUUGCUUCCUCUAUAUCGCAAACAGCUGCGGAUUCACAAUCUAGAGUUUAUGAGUGUAUCUGGGGUCACUCAUUUGAUAGAGCUGCCUCUUGAUGUGAAGGUUCCUCCAGACUGGGUUAAAGUAAAUAGCACCAAAAAAACAAUUAGAUAUCAUCCACCUGAAGUAUUGAGUGCUUUAGACCAGUUAACUCUGGCAAAUGAGGAGCUUUCUGUUGUUUGUCGAGCCACUUGGGACAGUUUUUUGAAGACAUUUGGUGGAUCCUAUUCUGAGUUUCAGUCUGCUGUUCAAGCAUUAGCUACAUUGGAUUGUCUCUAUUCACUUGCCAUGGUUUCAAGAACUAAGAAUUAUGUGCGCCCAGUUUUUGUAAGUGACAAUGAGCCUGCUGAGAUAAACAUCAGUUGUGGUCGACAUCCAGUUAUGGAGGAUAUUUUGCAAAAUGAUUUUGUUCCAAAUGAUACAAAUUUGCAUGCAGAUGGCCAGUACUGUCAGAUUGUUACCGGACCAAACAUGGGUGGGAAGAGUUGCUAUAUUCGCCAGGUUGCUCUAAUAGCUCUCAUGGCUCAGGUUGGUUGCUUUGUACCAGCAUCAUCAGCGAAAUUGCAUGUGCUGGAUGGCAUUUACACUCGAAUGGGAGCUUCUGACAGUAUUCAGCUGGGCAAAAGCACUUUCUUAGAAGAAUUGAGUGAGGCCUCCCACAUUCUUCAGCAUUCCACAUCCCGCUCGUUGGUCAUAAUUGAUGAACUUGGGAGAGGCACAAGUACACACGAUGGUGUGGCCAUUGCUUAUGCUACGUUGCAUUAUCUUCUGGAGCAUAAAAGAUGCAUAGUCCUCUUUGUUACUCAUUAUCCUGAAAUAGUCAACAUUGGGAAUGACUUCCCAGGCUCUAUAGGAGCAUACCAUGUCUCAUAUUUGACACCACAGAAGGAGACAGAUCUCAACUUCAAAGCUGACCAUGAGAUGGAUACCGUGAAUCAUGAUGAUGUUACCUAUCUUUACAAACUUGUGGCUGGUGUUUCUGAGAGAAGUUUUGGGUUUAAGGUCGCUCAACUUGCACAAUUACCUUCCUCGUGCAUUAGACGUGCGGUUGCCAUGGCUGCAAGAUUGGAAGCAGAAGUAUGCAAAAAAGAGAAAAUGAAGUUCUUAAUGAACUGUGCAAUGCCGAAUGACAAAUCAGAGAAUGCCAAAGAGGAUGCUUACAUACCCAUGGAUUGCUUGCGCACAGCAGGAACUCGAAACUUAGAAGAAAUUGAGAAAGCCUACAGAGAUUUAUUCUUUCACCUAAAUCUCGCCUUUCACGAAGAAGAAGAUGCUGCAAAGAGGUUGUGCAGUUUGAAGCUUGCUAAAAGCCUCGCGGGCAAGCUCUUAAAUAGGUAAAAUACCGUGUAGCCUGGAAAUACUACCAUGGAAGCACAGGGGAAAUAUCAUGAUUGUACAUAAUAAGUAGAGAGUUCAAUUCCCAAUUUCUAGGUUCAAGUUUGUAUAAGCUUGGUGUAAAUUUUAUUGGGUUUUCCUGGAUAACCAUUACUUUGCUUGAUCCCAACCAUAUGUGCGCAGACCGCCAAAUAUUAUGGCCUGUGGCCUAAUAGUUAAAGGUUGACUGUUAGUGUGUUUGGACUUCGGUAUAAACUUACAUUCCGAUCUAAAUUUGUUUGGCAAUUCAUUAGGUUUUAGUUCUUGAUGGACUCAUGCUUAGUGUC